AUGGCAUCCAAAGCCAUGUGGGAGCUCGCCGCGUUGCAGAAAGAAUCAAGCAACAACGUUUGCUGCGACUGCAAUGCUCCGUCACCCCAAUGGGCUUCGCCCAAGUUUGGCAUCUUCAUCUGCCUGACCUGCGCUGGCAAGCACCGCGGUCUGGGCGUCCACAUUUCGUUUGUGCGCAGCGUGUCCAUGGACGCCUUCAAAGCCAUCGAGAUUGAACGCAUGCGCCUAGGCGGGAACGCGGGCUGGCGGAAAUUCUACGAACACGAGUCCACCGACAAGAGCAGCAUCACCUGGGAUGACGGCACCGAUUCGGACAGAUACACGAGCGAAAUAGGGGAGGAAUGGAAGGAGAGGCUGACGGCCAAGGUGGAGGGCAGAGAGUACGUGCCCAGCGAUAAGAAGCCAGCGCCCGCGCCCGUCAAGAAGCAGACAUCGUUUGCCACAUCUGGCUCCCGCUCAGGCACGCCGCUCAGCGGGUCGGCCAGUCGCAGCGAGAGUCCCUCGCAGCAGCAACAACCUGGGGGCAAGGUGAAGGUGGACGACGAAUACUUUGCGCGGCUGGGCAACGCGAACGCCACUAGGCCGGAUCACGUUCCCCCCAGCCAAGGAGGAAAGUAUGCAGGCUUCGGUAACACACCUGGUCCCGCCUCGGGAGCGCAGAAUGCGCCCUCGUUUGAGGAUAUGCAGAAAGAUACUGUGGCGGCGCUUACAAAGGGCUUUGGGUGGUUCACCUCGACAGUGACCAAGACUGCCAAGAACGUCAAUGAUGGGUAUCUACAGCCCGCGUCGAAACAGACCGACUUUGCGCGCCAGGCACAGACUACAGCGGCCAUUUUGGCUAAGCAAGCACAAGCUGCCGGCAAGAAUGCCUCCGAGGGCUUCAACCGCUUCGUCGAGGGAGAUGAACAGGGGGUCAAUGCGCGGUCGCCGCGUGCUUCGAACAUGGAUGAGAAUAGGAGGAGUUUCUGGGAUGACUUCUCCAACCUGGCAGACCAGAGAAAUGAGACCGGCAGCGGCGGUUCCAGCGCCAUUGGAACCAGUGCAAUGGGUAAGGGGCGAGCCGGUGGCAGCGCCGCACCGCCCGCGAAGAAGAAGAACGAUGAGUGGGAUGAUUGGUAG